AUGCAUUCGCUUCCUGCUGGUCAUUUCCUGUUCACUUCGGAGUCGGUUGGUGAGGGUCACCCCGACAAGAUCUGUGACCAGAUCUCGGAUGCCAUUCUGGACGCUUGCUUGAAGCAGGACCCGCACUCGAAGGUGGCUUGUGAGACGGCGGCCAAGACAGGUCUGAUUCUUGUGUUUGGUGAGAUCACCACCAAGGCUCAGCUGGACUACCAGAAGAUCAUCCGUGACACCAUCCGUGAGAUCGGUUACGACCACUCGGAGAAGGGCUUUGACUACAAGACCUGCAACGUCAUGGUCGCCAUUGAGCAGCAGUCGCCUGACAUUGCCCAGGGUCUUGACCACGGUGACCUGGAGUCGCACGGUGCUGGUGACCAGGGUAUUAUGUUCGGUUAUGCCUCGGAUGAGACCCCUGAGCUUAUGCCGAUGACCAUCAUGCUGGCCCACAAGCUCAACCAGGCCAUGUCGAAGGCUCGCCGUGAUGGCUCGCUUCCGUGGCUCCUGCCCGACACCAAGACCCAGGUCACCAUUGAAUACAAGCACGAUGGUGGUGCUGUGAUUCCUCUCCGUGUCGACACUGUUGUCGUCUCGGCGCAGCACACGGACGAUGUGAGCACUGAGGAGCUCCGUGAGAAGAUCAAGUCGGAGAUCAUCCAGAAGGUGGUGCCCUCGCACAUGCUGGACGACAAGACCAUCUACCACAUCCAGCCGUCGGGUCGCUUCGUCAUUGGUGGUCCGCAGGGUGAUGCCGGUUUGACCGGUCGUAAGAUCAUUGUCGACUCGUAUGGUGGCUGGGGUGCCCACGGUGGUGGUGCCUUCUCGGGUAAGGACUUCUCGAAGGUCGACCGUUCGGCUGCCUACACGGCUCGCUGGAUCGCCAAGUCGCUUGUGGCUGCUGGCCUUGCCCGCCGUGCUCUUGUCCAGCUGUCGUACGCUAUUGGUGUGGCUGAGCCUCUUUCGAUCUUUGUGGAGACUUACGGCACUGGUACCAAGAGUGACGAUGAGCUGGUCAAGAUCAUCAGCAAGAACUUCGACCUCAAGCCUGGUAUCAUUGUCAAGGACCUCGAGCUGCAGAAGCCAGUGUACCGCCAGACUGCCUACGGUGGUCACUUUGGCCGCCCCGAGUUCACUUGGGAGCAGCCGAAGAAGCUCGAGAUCUAA